CAUGUGAUGACGGACAGACUGUAUCACCGGAGCGAUGCUUGAAGUCACUCUCAUCAGCAACAAAGCGAAGCAACAGCAGCAGCAGCACUGACGUAAACCAUCCACCAUCACCGGAACCAUACGGACCCGGACGACAUCAUAUCGUCUCCUCCGAAGGACGUAUAGGAUGGGAACGGAGCGCUGAGAGAGACUGGGAUCGUGAAGAUGCUCGGACUCCAAUUGACGGCAACAUUUGAAAUGCGCGUUAAAUGGAGACUCAUGACAAGAGAUGCUGCAGGGUGCCGCAUUGCCUGGCCGCUUGACGAUGGUAGGAUAGAGCAGCGCUUUUAACCGUGAUGCUCGUUCUUAGAUGCUUUUGGGGUGGGAUCUGUAGUCGAUUGAAUGCUUCAGAUUUAAUCAUACGCAAACUAAGACGAUUUCAGCCUGCUUAAGCCAUACGUGCAUAUACACGUAUACAAUCGAUGAGCACGACCAGAUGAAUGUAUGUGAAUUUACGUUGCAGAACUAGCAUUAAUAAACCCACAACUCUGAAGGAGUGUAUGAGGUGAACUAACAUUGUCGUAGCUUACACUCAGGACCAUCUCCAAAGUCAGGUUUUUAUUUGCAAGCACUGCAGCGAUAGGGCUCUUUAUGAUUGAUAUUUUCAUCAUCAGUCACAAUAUAUAGUGAUAGUAUAUAGAGUACAGUAUAGUCAGUCUUGGUCUAGUGCAAGGACAAUGACUCAUUUACAGGCAGGCCUGUCUCCAGAAACCCUGGAGAAAGCCAAGGUGGAGUUAAAGGAGAACCCCGACACUUUGCAUCAGGACAUACAGGAGGUGAGGGACAUGAUCAUCACCCGUCCAGACAUUGGCUUUCUCAGGACAGAUGAUGCUUUCAUCCUGCGCUUUCUUAGAGCCCGGAAAUUUAACCAUUUCGAGGCCUUCCGCCUCCUGGCCCAGUACUUUGAGUACCGGCAACAGAACCUAGAUAUGUUCAAGAACCUCAAGGCCACCGAUCCGGGGAUCAAGCAGGCUCUGAAGGAUGGAUUUCCUGGGGUUCUGUCCAAUUUGGAUAGAUACGGGAGGAAGAUUCUGGUUCUGUUCGCGGCGAACUGGGAUCAGAGCAGGUACACUUUUGUGGAUAUUCUGCGAGCUAUAUUACUUUCACUGGAGGCAAUGAUAGAAGACCCCGAGCUACAAGUGAAUGGAUUUGUCUUGAUCAUUGAUUGGAGUAACUUCACUUUCAAGCAAGCUUCCAAGUUAACUCCAAGCAUGCUGAGAUUGGCAAUUGAGGGCCUGCAGGAUAGCUUUCCAGCAAGAUUUGGAGGGAUUCAUUUUGUCAACCAACCUUGGUACAUCCACGCUUUGUACACAGUCAUCCGGCCUUUCCUCAAAGACAAAACAAGAAAAAGGAUUUUCAUGCAUGGAAACAAUCUGAACAGCUUGCAUCAGCUGCUCUUGCCUGAGAUUCUGCCGUCUGAGCUGGGUGGCAUGCUGCCCCCUUACGACAUGGGCACCUGGGCCAGAACGUUGCUUGACCACGCAUAUGACGAGGAGACGGACUACUGCCCCGAAUCCUAUACGUUGUCUGUCAAAGACCUGGAGAAAGACCUGUCCCCCAAAACUAUGAAGAGGUCCCAGUCCGUGGUGGAACCAGGUGUCCUGAAACGACCAGAAAAAGUGAAAAGCGAAGAAGAAAACAUGCAGCCGCUGCUUUCUCUGGACUAAAGGCUCUUAAUUCCCCAGGCGACAAAGAAACGUCAAGCUCCGUACGCUGGGGAGGAGCACACCUUGUUCCUAUAACACGAGAAAAAAAAAAUGUACAAAGAAAGGAAAUGUUAAAAAGCGCAAGAACACACAAACAGCCUCCAGGAACACUUCAGAGAGCUGCCAGUUAAAAUCAUAUUUUUGAAGCAAAGAGCUAACGGCGGACGUCCGUAUGUAAUUGUCAAGUGCCAAUUCAAAUCUGUAAAUACACUUCAGUUCUAGACGUGAGAUUGAGGGUGUAAUUGUGACAUGAACCCGUAAAGACUGCUGUGAAUAUCCUGUGUGUGCUUCUCGUGAUUAUUAUGUAGAACAUGGUACUGUAGGAUGGAUAAUCAUGCUUAUAAAGAUAGACGAGCUUUGGGGUAUCCUACAUUUAUAAUCCCCAAAUCAGGAGUCGCUCAGGAGUAUUUCAAAAGGAACGCAUAGAGCUGUCGACGGUGUCAGACAGAAAUAUGCUACUUCCGUUAAAGAAAACACCAUCUUCGGUUUCAGUGUUUCACAGCAAAUACCCCUUUACAAAGAAAGGAUUUUUCUAAUGAGAAAAAUGUUUGCUAAUUUUAUUUUACCACAACGUAAGCUGUGUUUUCCGUUUAGUAUUCUUAUAUCCCAGAGGGGCUGAGUCACAUCUAGUAAGCUUUAGCUGAUUCUUCACCGAUGGCCUUGUUGUAUACACUUUGUCGUAGAGCCGUGGAAUAUCACUUUAUUUCGUAACCAUAUCCAUAUUAGGCUGAGUUGUUUCCAAGGCAUUUGUAUUCAUACCAAGGACUAGAUAGAGUAAAACAAAGUACCGUCUUUGCAAUCUGCUUCUAAAGUUAAAAGAAAUAGAUCACCCAAAAAUGAGAAUUAUCCGUUUAUUUACUCACCUUACGUCAUUGCAAAAAAAUAGUAUUUAGUGAUAGUAAUAUUUUAAUUAUUUUAUUAACUAAAUGAAUCGUUUAAAAACUAUAUGUGUUAAUAUUUAAUAUACUAUGUUGCAAAUAUGUUGUUAUUUUCCCAUGAAACAUGAAAGGAGAGUUUUGGGGAGUUUGGAACAACACACUCACAGGGUGAGUAAGACAAUACAUUCAUUUUUGGUCGCUAUAUUCCUUUUGAAGUAUUAUUUGAAAUUCUCCAGUAUUACAAAAACGGAAUAAAGCUGUAACACUAACACUGCGGUUGACACAGAGUCAUAAGAAGAUAUUGUACAGUGACACAUGCUAGUGCAUGCUUCCACAUGCUUAGAUAGUUUACUCUAAAUUGUCAGCUGUUUUAUGGAAUGCUGUGUUGACAUUAGACUUUGGCAAUAGUUUUGCUUUUUUUUUUUUUUUUUUUACAGCGGUUUAGUUUCAAGUCCAAAUUAGUGAAUUUAAAACUCAGAAUUGUCAGUUUUAUUUCAGGGAGUUUUAUUAUUAUUAUUAUUAUUUAAGUGUAUUGUGUGUAUGUGUAUGGAACAAGGCAAUAUACAGCACAUUUAAAAUACAUAAAGUACAUACUAAUCUUCCAGGCUUGAGAUUUUUAAUGAGAUUUUGUUGAGAAAAAUAAUUACACGUCCUCACUGAUUUUAAACAAGUGGUACUUCCCAGACAAAAUUCACAACAGUCAAUAGGAAUACUGAAGUUAUCUUUCUAUUUUUUGUUAUACAUAAUGUAAAAUUCUGUGGGCACAGCUUCUCUACAGUGGCUCAGUUUGGUCCUAUUAUUUUCUUAUUUCAUAUAAACUCUUGAACUAUUACACAUGCAUUGUUGAGCAUAUAUGCUGAAACUUACAAUAUGGACGCAUUGACAGCAUCUAAUGUAUCUUUAUAUACUGUAUAUGCUUAUUAUGUUUUGUUCAUAUGUCAUUUAUUACACACAAUCAGUAAUAUAUCAAUAAUUCCAUGCAUUUUGUUGCAAGUUGUUUAUACAUAAAGUAAUGCUGUUAAUACAUUAUGUAUGUUUCAGUGUCUAUGUAAACAUUAAUAAAAUCCCCCUUUUCCCCAUCUGUAGCUUUAAAAAAACUAAGGCUUAACAACAUAAUAUAUUCGAGAUGUUCUCCUUGCCACAACAAAAUUAUGACUUUUUUCUAUUUUGUGGACAGCUUGUUGUGUGAAGAUAGGUGAUCUCUGGUUUUUAUUUGCUGAAACUAAAGCCUGCCCACUCUCAUGACUCACUGAAAAUUGUUUCUAAAACCUCGCUUUAUCAUCCUGAACAGAAACAGUGAGAAUGAAAAGUUGAAAAUUGGCUGGUUUGAAUUAGAAUGUAUUUCCCAGAGAGUAAUGCCACUACUUUGAGUUAAGAGAACGGUGUUAUGUCACGUUGUCACAUUCAGAUAUAAUGAGCUGGAAGGCCUCAAAUGACUGUGUAAAUUGUUACAGUAUAUAUUUAGUAGAGCUGUGUUAAUGCCAUGAUAAGUACUUUAAUACACCUUGAAAUGAUUUGUAUUCCUGUAUUGUAUGUUUUUUUUGGUCAUGCUGCACUAUGAACAGCCUUCUUUGUAUUUUAGGCAAUGGGAAUGUUGAUCAAAUUGUCUCCAUUUUUCUAGCCUUGCUUUCUAUGGAUACGUACAUGUAUUGCCAUUACAACCAAAGCAACCCUGGGUCAAGGAAACCGACAGUUAUCCCCUGCUUUUCUAAAGACUAUGGGAACAAUACAUUUGGUAUUUCUUUUGAUUGUUGGCUUAUCUUUUCCAUUUCACUUUGAUUGUAUAAUAGGGUGUUAGUGCUGAGAAGCCCAUGCAGUAUAGAGGUACUGUAUUAUCAUGCAGAACAAUACAUGUGGUUUAAAGGAACAUGUUGAAUGGAAGUAAAUAUGUGUAUAUGUCCUUUCAAAAUGCUGAGAUAAAUUAUGUAACUGAAACUAAACUGCGAAAGGAAACAAAAGCAGCCAAUAAAUAUUGAUAUACAUAGUUUAAA